AUGUUCAUAUUAGUCAAAAUUGUGUUGGUUUCUACUUUGUUUAUUUCACUACCCUUUGGGAGCCAUGAGAAACAAAAUGUAGUAGCAAAUACAACCCGAAGUAUUGCAGACUUUUUGGAAACAAUGGAAACGAAAUCAUAUUCUUUGAAAGGAAAAGUAAAUGCAACUUCAGAGAAUGAAAACAGAAAUAAUUUUGAUCCCAAGGCAGGUGAUGAUUCCCGCUGGAAACUAUUCUCAGCCAAUGAAACAACAAAUGCUACCAGUAACUCCUCAGUAGACAACUUUACUGUGAGUCCAGGAACUCCACCUACAUUUUCUGCAAGCUCUUCCAUGAUUCAUGGCUUUGCUACUAAGUUGCCUUUGAACUCAUCUAUAUCAAGUAAACAUCUUUUGUCAGCCUCAGCACAGAUGAAUUCUACAGAAACCGUAUCAUCAGGAAACUUCAAUUGGUCUCUGAACAAUUUCACAAUGAAAACUCCUGACAAUAUUUCUGCCACAACUGGCGUACUAUUCCCAACACCAGCUACUAAUUCUGUGACCCCCUUGACAACAGAACCAACCAGAUGGCUUACCACAAGCAAUUACACCUUCUCGGGUUUUACCCCCUAUCAAGAAAAUACAACGCUACAGCCCACGUUAAAAUUCACCAAUAAUUCAAAACUCUUUCCAAACACAUCAGACCCCCAAAAAGAGAAUAAAAACACAGGAAUAGUAUUUGGAGCCAUUUUAGGGGCUAUUCUUUGUGCUUCAUUGCUUACUCUUGUUGGCUAUUUGUUAUGUGGAAAAAGGAAAACAGACUCAUUUUCCCAUCAGCGGCUUUAUGAGGAUAGAAAUGAACCAGUGCUGCGAUUAGACAACUCGCCAGAACCUUAUGAUGUGAGCUUUGGAAAUUCUAGUUACUACACCUCAUCUGUGAAUGGUGCACCACUGUCAGAAACCCGAGAAAAUGCGCACGAUGGCAUUCCUAUGGAUGACAUCCCUCCAGUUCGUACCUCAGUAUGA